UCCACACACUUCACUCUUCUCUUUCCUACUCACACACCCCUCUCAAUUUUCAGGCCAUUAUAUAUACAUGCAUUCACCACUCUUUUCUUAUGCACAAGUGAUAAGCAAGAGCUCUAGCUUUUUAAACAAAGUUCUUGGAGUUGUCUAGGAGAUGGACCAUUUCUACCAAAGUAUGGAGAACAAUGGGGAUGCUCAGCUGCCUCCAGGCUUCAGAUUUCACCCAACAGAUGAGGAACUCAUCACUUACUACCUCCUCAAGAAAGUCCUUGAUCACAACUUCAGUAGCAGAGCCAUUGCCCAAGUUGACCUCAACAAAUGUGAACCAUGGCACCUUCCUGAGAAAGCAAAGAUGGGGGAGAAAGAGUGGUACUUUUACAGCUUGAGGGACAGGAAGUACCCAACAGGGUUGAGGACAAACAGGGCGACAGAAGCGGGGUACUGGAAGGCCACAGGGAAAGACAGGGAGAUUUACAGCUCGAAGACUUCGUCUCUGGUGGGGAUGAAGAAAACCCUAGUGUUCUACAGAGGCCGUGCUCCUAAAGGAGAGAAGACCAACUGGGUCAUGCAUGAGUUUCGCCUUGAUGGCAAGCUUGCUUACCACUACCUCUCUACUACCUCUAAGGACGAGUGGGUCAUCUCCCGGCUCUUCAAAAAAACCGGCGGCGCCACCGCCGGAGAAAAAAGACCAAGCUCCAGCAUGAGCAGCCACUUUCACUCAGAAAUCAGCUCAUCUUCCUCCAUCCCUUUCACACCACCUCCACCACCAGCAACAACAACUGAUCACGUGAUCACCUACGAGCACGUGCCCUGUUUCUCCAGUUCCGCCGCCCCCGGCGGCUUCAGCACUUACCACACCCUCUUCGACGGCGGCCUCCCUCCGCCGCUAAUGGACCCCACCCCAAUGCCGCCCUCCUCCACCUUCCCCAGCCUCAGAUCACUAGAAGAGAAUCUCCACCAGCCCAGCUUCUUCUUCCCGCCGGUCAACUACGACAACUUCCCGGCGAUGGAGACACCGAAGCCGGGACUCACUGAACUCGACUGCAUUUGGAGACCCUCGUUUAAUUAAUUAAUUAAUUAAUAAUCAUCUUUCUCUGAUUACUUUAAAAAAGACUGUGGCUCUGUUAGUCUGUCAGUACUUUAAGAUAUGCAUGCAUGUAUUAGGUAAGUACUAAGAUUAUGAUCAUGUUUUUAAUCAAAUUGUCCUUCGGACAAAUGUAUUAACCGGUUAUAACCGUUCGUUAUAAAUGUAAGAUGAGUAAGUGCAGUGUGCAGGGCACAGAGUUGUACGAUUUGCAUGCAUGUAUGAUAAGAGUUAGACGCGAUGGCUAUAUGGUAUGAGGAUUUGA